UUGCACUGUAGUCCACUAGGUGGCGGUCUGUUCAUGGACUCCGAUAUGAGAGAAACACGAAGAAGAAGAGGCUGUGCUGGAAGUGUCCUUAGCUUGUGAGCUGUUUAUGACCAUGCGUGGGCCAGUGCGCUGGGUUUUAUGGGAUAUAAAGGACACUCUACUGAAGGUGCGUUGUUCAGUGGGAGAGCAGUAUUGCAAUGAGGCCAAGCGUGUUGGACUGAAGUUACCAGCCAUGCAGAUAGAGACCGCAUUCAGGCAAGCUUACCGCCAACACUCGCAUCUAUACCCUAAUUAUGGUAUUGCUCACGGCAUGAAUGGCCAGCUGUGGUGGGCAGGAUUGGUGAAGAACACCUUCUCCCAGUGUGGGGUGCAGGACCCUACAUUGCUUGACACACUUGCCAACAAUCUUUACCAUAAUUUUUCUGGUCCACAGAACUGGGAGGUGUUCCCAGACUCAAAUUCCACUCUAAAAUCCUGUACAGCUCUGGGAAUGAAGCAGGGAGUGGUAUCCAAUUUCGACAGGCGCCUAGAAGGAAUCCUUCAAGGAUGUGGUCUCCGUACCCAUUUCUCAUUUCUGCUGACUUCAGAAGAGGCUGCUGUGGCCAAACCAGACCCAGGCAUUUUUGCCCAAGCCCUAAAAAAGUCUGGGGUGCCAGCCAAACACGUAGUCCAUGUUGGGGACCACUACAUAAAUGACUACCUCACCUCUCGAUCAUUAGGUAUUCGAGGUUAUCUGCUAGAUAGGCAUGGACUUCAGAAACAUCUGGAUGUUCCUCCACAGCAUCGACUACAGAGCCUAGAUGAGCUACCAGCCCGACUGUUACAGGAAAUGGAUUAAAACAUUUUACAUAGCUGAGUAACAGUUGGCAUUUCUUGUAUCAUUUAUUAAUUUCAAUUGUGUUCAUGCAAAUGACACUAAAUACCAUUUUAAUCAAUAAAAAAUUUUGUGUAGGUACACAUUCA